UAUAUGCGCACAUACAGACUGUUCCGAUGCGAUAUCCACGUUUUAGUUUGUGUUUGAGCUUCUGACACUGUGGUCGAUCGGUUGGUUGGUUAAUCGAGUCAAUUCGAAGUUUGAAUAAUACUCGUCGUAUCUUAAAAUUUGUUUCUUUGAGUUAUUUAAUCGUGUAUCGAUCGGUUUUAACUGUGUGUUUCCCUAUCGUCUUACGUACGUGUUCGAUUGAUUUAUUUAAAGAUCUGUGUAUCGAUUUCCAUACAAAAAACAUCCAUCGAGCGAGCGGUUGAUCGGAGUACAUACUACAACUAUAAUAUCAUUUGUUAAUUCUGCUUGUACAUUUGGUACACAAGCAAAAUGUCAUUUUCCAAUUUGUAAUACUGCAGGUAUAAACGGUUAUUGGUUUUAUCAGUGUUUGUCCACGCGUGUGCUUAAUGUACUCAAUGGCAUAAAAAGAUCCGACCGUGAAUUUAGACAGAAGUGAGAGUGACUGACGACUGUCAACGGAGGAAAGCAAAACCAAGAGAACACAAACAAACAUCGAACAAAAAAAUCUAUGGACUAAAAUGGAUUACAGUUAUAGACUGUUAUGGCUUUUUGGCGUUUUACUUGGACCAAUAUUAUUUGCUGUUGUUUCACUGCAGGAUAUAGCGAGUCCAGUUUUUCAAAACCACAAAACAAAAGAAUGGACAAAUUUAGAUAACAUUACGUUCUCGUUCGAUUGUAGAAAUCGUCCAGUAGGAUUUUACGCCGACAUGGAGUACAAUUGUCAGAUAUUCCACAUGUGUGAUGAGGAGAGCAAUCGAAUACCUCAUCUGUGUGCCAACGAGACAUCUUUCAAUCAGGAAUAUCGUAUUUGUGAUUGGGAUUACAAUUUCAACUGUACGGAAUCACCUAAAUGGUUUUAUCUGAACGAACUAACCUAUGCCACAGAACCACCAGAUGAAGAUGAAGACUACUAGCAAUAAUUUUAAACGAAUCUGCAUUAUUCCACUUAAUGAUGAUGAAGAUCCAUGUUCCAAUAUUCGUAUGUAAUGUUUGUUUUAAUUUUUUAUUUUUGUUGUCAUCUAGAAUGAUGUGGAAUAUUGAUGUCAACGAUUAUUGAUUAAUGUUGCGGUAAUGUUCGACCAAACUCCUGCUUUUUCUGUUAUAUUUAAAAUGUAUUAAGAGAUUCUUCUGUUAACUUUAUUUUCAAAAUUAUAAUUAAAGUUGUAAAAUAUUUUAUAAUAUUCUAAACUAUUAUUCUAAUAUACAAAUACAUAUAAUUUACUUCUUCUAAUCGUCUGUUCUAUAAUGAAUUGUGUUAAAUUAAUUAAUUUGUAAAUGUUUAAUAAUUGAUGUAUGUAUCUAUAUGUAAAUUGUUUAUUUAAAAAUGUACAAGAGCUGUAAGUUGUUUUAAAUUUUGUUGAUAUUUUAGCUAAUAAAAUGUGUUAAAUAUUUUUAUACUGUUAUAAAAAUACAUAAUAAACGUACAAUAAAUUGA